GAGAAGCCCUGAGGAAACCGUACCGCCGCCAACCGUCCUCCCUCGUCGCCGAAGAGAGCGCCUGCUUGUAGUUUUUUCCCUUUGCGGAAAAAGCAUCGCGACGUCACAAUUCGAACAUCGAAACACGCUUUAAAGAUGCCGCGGCCAGUUUCAAAAGGAACUUCUCAAUUAUCGGCACGGGGACAGAUGGAGAGGCGGCGGCCACCGUUUCUCAGAGCUUCUGCCAAAACCAAGGAGACGGAACGAAGCAGUAAGAGUAAGAUGGAUUCUGCACGCAGCGGGGGUGCCAUAGAAGAACAAGGUAGUGAUGAAGAUCUGUCACCAGACGCUCUAGUCAGGCAAAAUUAUGAGCUCCGUCAUCGCUUGGAAGAGGAGACCGCGAGUUACAAAAGACGUUUGGACACGUAUCGGCAGGCUCAGCAGCAUCAAGCUGCCCUUGUCUCGCGGUUACAAGCUAAAGUUCUGCAGUAUAAACAGAGAUGUUCGGAACUGGAGAAUCAGAUGGCAGAGACAAUUCCGUGCGACACCAGUAAACCAGCGACAGCCGUAGUGUCGUCCACCACCGUGCUAGAGGCUGCGCAUCAGACACUUCGGGAUAUACGCGAGGAGCAAAUUCACGACUUGGAUACCGCCAUGAAAAAACUUGGCGAUGAACGGCGAAAAUGUGAGGAACUUUUGCAACUGAACGCGUCCCUGAAAGAUCAACUCGAGGAGUCUCAUCAAACAAACGAGGCGCUAACCAAUGAUUUGCAAAAGCUAAGCAACGACUGGGACAUAUUGAGAGACGAAUUGGCUAUUAAGGAAGAGGAGUGGAAGGAAGAGGAACAGGCGUUCAAUGAAUAUUACAUAUCUGAGCAUAAUCGAUUAUUGAAUCUGUGGCGCGAUGUUGUUUCCGUUAAAAGGCUGUUCGCGGAAAUGAAAUCUACUACCGAGAGGGAUUUGUCCAAACUACGGAACGAAAUUAUUGCGUCGUCUACUGAAAUGACAUCGGCAUGCAACACUGCGAAUUUUACCAUGAAGCUUCAAGCGACUGCGACGCAAUCCACGGUUAUAGAUCAUUUUACACCGUCCCAAAGAAUGCAGCAGCAGGAAGAGGAACAAGCCGUGACAAUUCUGAAAACAGAGAUUACGGCACUUAAGCAACAGCACGCCGUCGAUCAACAUGAAAUUCGCACCAAAGACGACCGGAUAGAUCAGCUCAUUCGAGAAAUUCGCAAUUUAGAAGAAAGAUGUGGCGUUUCCGAGGCGGCGGUGAGCCAAACCGUGCGUAUGCAGGAAGACAUCGAGGUGCUGGAGUCUGCGUUACGAGAUAUCGCGCAUGCCGUGAUUCAGGACGCCGAGAGCCGGGACGCCGACGCUAAACAGGCGUCCCCGCACAUCCACCUGUCGCCCAGCGGACUGAUUCAGCAGAGAUCGCCGAAGAGAAGCGCGCGAAGUAACACUAUACCGGCGCUUGCCGAAAGCACUAUAAGUGCAGUACGGGCGGCUCUGCAGAAGUAUCAGUUAACGAUACGCGAGUUACAGAUAAAAUCACAAACGAACAAGGAACAGAUCGCAGCGAUGCGAAAACAGUGCGACACCGCGGAGGAAAACGCUCAGAUGUUAAAUAUAAAAGUCGCGGAACUGAUCUCUCAGUUGGACACAUGCCGUUCGCAAUGCACACAGUUAGAUCAAGAGAGGGACAUGCUGAAGAAAAGUCUCGACACUGUGAAAAUGGAGAAAAAUGCAUUGGACAAAAAUAAAGUAGAACUUAAUAGCACGUUGGAGGCUCUUAGAAGUAACUAUGAGAAACUUCAGAAGGCCAAUAAUAAGUUACAAAAAUUGUGCGACAACUUGGAAGACGAAAAGUUGUAUUUGCAAAAUGAGCUUGGUAGAAUAUCAGAGGAUGCCGAUUUAAAAGAAUUAAGUUUACGUUCAGAGGAGGAUAGAUGCAGUAAAAUGCGAGAAGAGCUUUUGACGCUGCGGGAAGAAUUGAGUAAGGCUUAUCUUGCCAAGGACAUGUUGGAACAGCAGAAGUUAGAAACCGACGGAUUGAUUUCUCAAAUCGAAAAGGGCAAAGGCGAACUCGAGUUGGAGUUGGAACGUAUACUGUUGGAAAAGUCAGAUGUACAGGAAAUUCUGAUGAAAAUGGAAACGAUGUGCUCCAACUACGAGCAGGAUAAGCAAAGAUUGCAAGAGGAAUUGAGAAAAAUGACGGACGAGAAGAACAAGCUCGCGAAUCAGUGCGUCGAUCAGCAAGGGGAUCUGAAUUCGUUGAGGAAGGAAUUGCUGCAAGCCGAACAGACUCGGCUUGAUGUGGAAUCCGAGAAGGUUACGUUGAACGAAAAGAUCAAAUUUCUGGAGAUAGAGAAGGAGAAGGUGGAAAUGGAAUUGGGUCAAGUGAUGCGCGAGCGCAGCGAUUUGAGCAAUCAACUGUCGGUUUUGGCGCGCAAGAAGGAAACGUUAAACGAGGAGCUCAUGAGGCUUAGGCAAAGAUUAGAGCAGUCCAACGAAAUGAAUGCACGAAUAAACAGGAACUUGAAGGAUCUGGUGAAAGAUAACGAGGAGAAACAGGUGCUCUUGGAAACAAAUGAGAAGGAAUUCCAGAGAUUGCAAGAGCAGCUCGCGUCAAUGCGCACGGAGAAGGAAAUAUUGGAAGGUGUACUGUUUGAUACACAAACCAAUUUAGAAGCUACGCAUAUUAAGAAAACGCAAUUAGAGAAAGAGCAAAAAGAGUUACUAAUAAAACAGGAGAGCUUUAAGGGACAGGUGACGCGACUGACGAAGGAACUGGAGAAUAGUGAAAAACGUGCGCAAGACAUCAAACAGUCGCUUACGCAACAGAGCGGCGAUCAGAUUGCAGAAUUUCAACAAAUUAUAUCCAAUAUGAAGAGACAAUCGGAAGAUAGCAUAAAGAAGAUAAGCGACGAAAAAGAGCAAAUAAGAAUAAGUUUAGAGAAACGGUUGCAACAAUCUGUAGCACAAAUGGAGGGAGAGAAAAACGAAGAAACCAAUCAGCUGCAGCAACGAAUAGAAGAGUUGCAGCAACACAUAGAGAAUUUGUGUAAGCAACAUGAGGAAGCACUUCUUAGAGCCGAGAAUGACAAACAACAGGCACUUCUAAUAGCUCAUCACGACCAACAGGCUCUAAUCGAAAAGAUCGACACUAUUAUGCGCGAAUUAGAAGAAGAAAAGAACACUCUGGAACGUGUUAAAAGAGAGGCCGCGGCGCGCGCCGAGCAAGAACGGAAUAAUACGAAUCAGCUGCGCGACGAGUUAAAUCGUCUGAAAACAAAGCUGGAUGAGACGAAGCUGAGGGCCAGCGAGGAAAAGAUGAAACUUGACUUAAAAAUAGAGGAGCUCUGGAAGGAACGGGAGUCCACGCAACAUGAGGUCGAAGAGUUGCAAGUUCAACUGCACAUGACGGAGGAUAAAGUGGAUGGAUUGCAAAAUCAGUUGCACGAUACGAUUAGAAAGCUCAAAGACGCCGACAAUGUUAAUGAGACAAUGCGCAAAGAGUUAGUGGACGUACGACGGCAGUUAGCGGAUACCACGUACGAGAAGGAAAAAUACAACAACAGUAACAAGGAGUUGCGGGAGCACGUUAAGCAAAUUGAGAGCGAAAGGAGGGAGCAGGGGAGAACGUUGGAGGAGUCAUAUCAGAAAAUAGCAACACUGGAGGACGCGAAAGCGACCAUGGACGUCGAGAGGACGCGUCUGCAGGCGCAAGUACGCGACAUGGAACGCGAAGCGUUGCAGCUGCAGCAGCAACUUCGCUUCACGCAGGACGAGCUGCAGAAGUGCCACGAGAACAACGCCCAGGCUCAAAACGAGGAGAAGGAGCUGCAGGCCAGGCUGGCUAACGAGAUCGAGGAGAGAGAGCGAAUACAACUGCAAUUGCAUCAGGUCAAGAAACAGGUAAUCGACUUGGAUAACAGUCUGGAAGUCACGCGGCAAGAGCUUGGGAAAUUACGCGCGCGUGCGGACGAGGAGGAUGAAAGAUGGCGUGCUCGAGAGCAAGAGCUGCUGGUGCGGCUCGAGGACAGCCGCUGUCGCGAAAGAAAGCUGGAGGAUCAGAAGCAUAAUCUGGAGGUUUGCUUAGCCGACGCCACGCAGCAACUCCAAGAGCUGAAGGCGCGUCUUGGAGGAUCCGAGGGCAGAGUACGAGCUCUCGACGCGCAACUGUCGCAAUUGGAGACCGCGAAGAAGGAAGUGGAGCAGAAGUUGAGCAGCGUGGGCUCCACGCUACGCCGUAUCGCCGGCAUUCAAAUGGACGGAAGCGUGACCAUGCCGUUUAAAUUGAUGAGCCCUUCGAGAAGGUGGAGUCCGGCGCGUGCGCAAGAUCAUGCCGACACUGGCAGAGACGUCAUACUGGACGUUGAUCCUGAAGCCGUUAGGAAAGGAGUACGAUCGCUUAUGCAACAAGUUGCCCAAAUCGAGCGCGAGAGGGACGAUUACAAAACAGAACUGUGCGGCUUGAAGAAGCAACUGAGGGAGUCUCAAGAAAAUCAAAGCAACACAGAUGUUAAAGUCAACAAUCUCCUGGUUAACAUUCGGACGCUUCAAGAAGAGAAGACAUCUGUGGAAACGAAACUAACUCAAACACAGGCUAGCUAUCAAGCACAGUUGGAUGCACUCCAACAAAAGACAGAGCAAUGCGAGCAAUUGUAUGAAAAAGUUACAAGCUUAGAGAUAAAGAUGAGUACCGAGUCGGACGAGAAAGGCCAAUACGAGGACAAGCUAGAGAAACUGAAACAAGAACUGAACAGAUUGGAGACGGAGAAGCGUAAUCUUCAGAAGGAAGUUCGCCACAGCGAUUCUCGCGCGACAGAGAUGGAACUGCACAGAAUGUCCUUAGACGGCGAUCUCCAAAGAUUGCAAAUGAUGCUGCAAGAAAAGGAGGCACACAUUCAAAAAUUGCAAGACCGCUUUGACACGCAAAGCCGUACCAUGGCAGGUUUGGAGGAACGUUGCGCCUCGUUAAAAUCUACUAUAGAGCAAUUAAAACUGUCGUUAGAGAAAGCAUCUGUUACGGAAAGCGAGCUUAAGAGUGAAAUAAAUUUGUUACGACACAAUAUAGUGGAGAUUACUACCUCCUCUCAAAGUAACAGCGAGAAGCUCAAGCAGCUGCAGAAACAACUUUCGAAUGCCGAGAAUGAUCGUAGAAUAUUAUCCGAACGUUUGGAAACGGUUCAGCAAACUUUGAGCAAUUUAAAGCACACCAAUCAAUCGCUGAUCGAUCACAAUGCACGGCUGCAGAAUGAGCUAGCCAACAAUGAGGUGCAGCGAUCAGCUUUGGAGUCGCAAUUGAGAUUGUCCACGUGGCCACCGGAAGGCGGCGUGACUAAAGACGAAGAACUAUUGCGUCAAUUGCAAACUGCUCAAAGAGAACGCAGCGAGAUGAGAGGAAGAGUGGACGCUCUCAAUGACAAAGUGAAGCUAUUAGAAGCUGACAAACGUAAUUUGGAGCGUCAGCUCGCUUCGAGCAAGACCGGUGGUUUGCGAAGCAAGAGUUACGAACAUCCGGAGAAAGCGCACAUGGAACUUCUGGGCACCAGUUUCAGCCUCGACAAUCUGGAGCACGAGAAUCGAGAAUUGAGAUUGAAGGUGCGGAAAUUGGAGACCCAAUUAGCGGAGAAGGAGGCCGAGCUUAUACGCCUGAAAUCAACUUACAUCCAUUCCUCUCAUUCGCUAUUGGACACGAGUCGAGAUAGAAGCGGAGAAUUGGAACGGAUCAGAGCCGCGCAACUGCAGGCCGAGAAAUUAUUAGAGGCGAGAGAACAGAGUCAUCGUCAGCAAGUAUCGCGUUUGGAAAAUCAGAUACAAUUAUUGCGGGAGCAGCUCAAUCAGGAGAUAAAGCGCAGGCAGCUGUACGUUUUACGGAGCUCGCGCGCCGGUAGAGAGAUGCAACAGUUGCGACAAGCGUUGGGCGACUCUCUGAGAACCGUGGCGCAAGAUCCGUCGUUGGACGCGGUGUUACUCGAACACGAGGCGCGUAAAUUGGAUUCCACCCUGUCGAGCAGUGCUAGCUUACCGCCGUCAUUAGCUUUACCCGCCCCACCGUCUUACAGAUCCACCACCCCGUCGCAACUCCUCGCGAUGUCGGACAGUGUUAAAGUGGCUAUUAAAGUCAGGCCGCUCAUCAAUCGGGAGAGGGACGACAAUUUAUCGAUACAAUGGGUGACGCAGGGCAACACCAUUGUGGCGACCGACGCCGAGUUCCGAAAGCGAUCCGACGGUAGAUUCGAAUUUGAUCACGUUUUCGAUACGAGCGCCAGCAACAAUGACGUAUUCGACAAUGUCGUGAGGCCUAUCGUCGAUGCAGCCGUGAACGGAUUCAAUGGCACAGUGUUCGCUUACGGGCAGACGAGCUCCGGCAAAACCUACACCAUGAUGGGCACCCCGAACGAACCUGGCAUAAUACCCCUGGCUGUCGAACACAUGUUCGACGCGAUAGCCAAUACCCCGGGACGUGAAUUCCUAUUGAGGGUGUCAUAUUUAGAGAUUUAUAAUGAGAAAGUCAACGAUCUCUUGAUGACGAAGAAAGGUGAAAUAACGGAUCUCAGAAUACACGAGGACGUGAAUGGCCAGGUAUUUGUCAAAUGUAAGGAAGAGGUUACGAACUGCCCGGAGGACGUUUUGUCCAUGAUGAGUAAGGGUAAUAGAAUCAGGAGAAUAGGCGAGACGAAUAUGAAUGAGCGAAGUAGCAGGAGCCACACGAUAUUUAGAAUCACGAUCGAAAGUCGAGUGGCCGGUGCUGACUCAGAUGGUGCAAUACAGGUUUCGCAAUUGAACAUGGUUGACCUCGCUGGUUCGGAAAGGGUAGGCCAGACAGGUGCCACUGGAGAACGCCUUAAAGAAGGACGUCACAUCAACUUGUCCCUCUCUACACUGGCUCUAGUGAUAAGGCAAUUGAGCGAGUCGCAAGACUCGCAGAAAUACAUAAAUUUCCGGAACAGCAAAUUAACGAGGUUGCUUCAACCUUCUCUGGGUGGCAAUGCAAUGACGGUGAUAAUAUGCGCAGUAACACCGGCUGCGUUAGAUGAAACUCAGUGCACAUUAUCGUUUGCAUCUAGGGCUAGAAAUAUAAAAAAUAAGCCAGAAUUGAACGAAGUCAUGUCGGAUGGUGUACUUUUAAAACGUUAUGCAAAACAAAUAGACAAGUUACACACAGAAUUAGAGAGAAUGAAACAACAGACUCGCACGACUGAGUUUCAAGAAAUGGAAUCUAAAAUGCAAGAGAAAGAUCUUAUUAAUCAGAAUCUGGAGGAGCGCAUCAGAUUGUUACAAACUCGUAUAGUUACUGCUGCUAAUCGCAACAACUCGAUAUCGUUCAAGAAUAAGGAAAAAAGGAGGCAGACUUGGGGCGGCGGUGGAUUUAAUAAAUUGAAUGCGUCUCUACCAAUGUGCGCGAAUUUAUCACCGAUCAAGGAGAUGUCACCUGUUAAAUUGUAUAAGAGAAAAUCAGCUAAUAUUGCGGAUACAACCUUCCAAAUAGCUUUUACUGAUUUUGAGCUGGAGCUUAUAAAAAGUGAAGCGGAUCGUAACGAAGACAACGACGAUAGCGAUGAGGAUAUGCCAUUUGUGACGUAUCGUAGUCAUCGCGUUAAGUUUAAGGACAGUAUAAUUUUUCACAAAUCACCUACGAACGACGGCAACGAUAGCGCCACAUUUGAGAAAAUUGACGUGUCUACUCAGACUGCGAGCGAUCAAUCACCCGGUACGCCGAAGCACAUCCUGCGUAACAGAAUUGUGUACAAUGUCGAGCAAAUCCGUAACUUGGAGGCACAAUAUUCAGAGCUUGAAGAGUUUACAACCUUGGAGAAGCAGCUGAGUGCCGAAGACCGUUUUUCGGAAUUCGAGGCGAAACUCACGAAGAAGUUUGAGAAGCAACUGGAAAAUAUCACAUCGGAUAAGAACGCAUUCGAGCAUAUAGCUUCUGAACUUCGUAAGAAGUUAACGGCGGCUGAAUUACGUUACACUGAGGCGGAAGAUCAAUUGAACUUGCAAGCAGCGGAGCUGCACAGGAUACCGGAUUUGGAGAAGAAAAUCACGCAGUUGUCCGCGCAAGAGAUCGAGGUGCAAAACGUUCCAGAGCUACGAAAGCAAGUAACCCUUCUUACAGCUGAAAAAGAUGGGUACGAACACGUCGCGUCUGAAUUACGAAAGAAACUCAAGGAAGCCGAACAACGCAAUAUUUUUCUGGAAGAAAAAUUAACGUCACGGAAUGAGGAAUUGCAGGAACCACUUGUUCAAAUUUCGAAUGACGAGACUGUUUCUUCCGAAAGAGACGAACUGCAAAUCAAAAUAACUGAUCUUUCAAGUAAGCUGGCGGAAGCGGAGUUAAGCAAUAAUUCGAUAAAAGGUAAACUGGAGGAGCAACUGCAAAUGCUGCAAAAUCUUCAGCAGGAAAAGAAUGUAUUUGCUUCUGAGAUGCAAAAUAAAUUGAGAGAAGCGGAAGAAAUCAAUAACUCUCUGAGAGAUAAAUUAAACGAGCAGCAGCUAGAGAUCCAGAAAGUGGAAGAUAAGGAGAAGCAGAUUGCGCAACUUGAAUCUGAGAAUCACAAAUUUAAACUUGACAUCGAGAAACUUCAAGAGCAGCUAGUAGUAAGUGACACGAAGAUAGAUAAGAUGCACGAAUACCAGCGAGAUUUAGAUAAAUUUCAACAACAGGAGGCUGUCGCAAAAGAAAAAAUGAAUGAAUUGGAACAAAUUAAUGGCGAGUUAAGAGACCAACUCAAAGAAGCAGAAUUAACGAAUGAUUCGAUGAGAAAUAAAUUGGACGAACAGAAUUUAUGUAUGCAAAAGACCUGCGACUUGGAAAACCAAGUUGAAAUUCUUGCUGUCGAGAAAAAUGAAUUUAAAGGUAUAGUUAGUGAAUUGGAAGAGAAGCUGAAAGAGGUAGAAUUAGCAAACAAUUCACUGAGAAAUAAACUGAAUGAUUAUGAAGCAAGUCAAUGUGAAACUGAUAGUUUAGAGGUUACAAACAAAAUUCUUACGUCAGAAAAUAACUCCGAAUUGAUCAUUUCCGAGUUGGAGGAGAAAUUAAAGGAAGCAGUAUUGUACAAUAAUUCCAUGAAGGAGGAAUUAAAUGUAUGCCAAGUAGAAGCGCAAAAAACGAUUGAGGAGCACAGAAAAUCUAUUGAGAGUUUUGCAGUUGUAAGAAGCGAAUUGGAAGAUGCGGUUCGUCAACUUCAAGAAAAGUCGAAGGAAGCAGAACACAAUGACAAUUUGAUGAAGGCUAAAAUAAAUAUCCUAGAAUUGCAGUUGCAGAAGAGUCAUGAUAUGGAAAGAGAGAUUGAAUGCCUCACGUCGCAAACAAAAGAGUACGAGUCGAUGGUUCACGAAUUGAGAGAGAAACUGGCCGAUGCCCAACACUUGCCAAUUUCAGCAAGAGGUGAGUCAAAUGGAGAACUACAAAAUGGAGAAUCGCAGAAGGUUCAAGUGGAUGCGGAAGUCGCAAGUCCGAUAGCUGGAAGAGAUGAACAGGACGCUGUAGGAUUGAGUAAAAAAUCGUCGAAGAGUCCCGGAAUGGAAUUCUCGGUGAGUAGAAACGAAAUUAAUCAUCUAACGAGUCAUAUUAAUUACUUGCAAAAUAUUUGUGGUUUACAGAAUGAGAAUGCAUACCUGAAGGAACUGGCGGCGAAAGUAUCGAUGUCGGACAACGAAUACGACCAGAGCAACGGCGAUUUGUCGAAAGUCACGGACGAUUUAUCGAUUACGAGGAUGUCUCUGGACGAGGAUAGCGCCAAGCUGUCCGCCGAUCUUGUUCUAAAGAAUCAGGAAUUAGACGAGAUAAAGCACGAUGUGCGGAGCUUGAAGGCGGAUAUAGGACAGUUGCAGCAGACUAUAUAUAUAUUAACGACCGAGAACAUCGAGCUGGCAAAUAAAUUGUCGGCGGAGAAGGAGUGCAACGAGAAAUCGUCUGUUGAAACGCAGCGGACCAUCGACGAGCUUUACGCGCGAAACUCAAAGAUAGUGGAUGAAAAACUCGAACUUGAGAAUAACGUGGCAAAUCUUAACGAACAUCUGGAGACCCUUCGCGCGAGGAUGCCCGAGAUGAACUUUAACGAGGAGCAGAUAAUUCACAAGUACGAGAAACAGGUCAGCGAGUACACGGCAAAAAAUAUGGAACUGUUGUCCGAGCUCGCGGACAAAACGAAAGAACUCGAGAUGUUGAGGGAGAGCAAGUCGCUUCUGUACGAGCACGAUUGUAUGUACAAAGAUAAAUUAGCGGAUCUCAUGCAGAAGCAUGAGUAUUUGAUAACUGAAAACAAUGAACUUUCCACUGAUCUGAUGGAGAAGAUCGAGGAGAACGAGGAAUUGAAACAGGAGUGUGACAGUCUGACGAGCAAGCUGGAAUUGUCACUGAAGAAUAAGGUGAGCACUGGUAACGACGAUGCGGAGCAGCUGAGAACGGAGAAUACUCUGUUGAAAACCGAGCUGAUGGAGCUGAAAACCAAAGCGAAACUUUUAACCGAAGAAAACGCGAAAAUGUCCAGUCAAUUAAUGGAAAUCCUGGAGGAUCUAGAUAAUACGCGAAAGUCCAACACUUGCAACGACACCAUGCAUCUGUCGACAUUGUAUAACACUACCUUGACCGAUGCGGCGGAUAAGGCUGCGUUAGACGACACCGCCGAGGCAAAGAUCUUAAAUCUGCAGGAGCAAGUUAACAAUCUCACGCAUCUCAACAGAAAGCUCAGCGAUAUAAAAUUAAGUGCCUGUAAUCAGUGCGACCAUUUGAACGAGUUAAACAAGGACCGACGAGAGCUGAAGCUCCAAGUGAAGACUCUCACUCGCAAAUUGGAGAAUCUGCAGAGGAAGUUCAGCAGCGAAUCGGCGAAGAGCGACGCGCUCAUACUGAAGGCCAAAGAAGACGUGAACCUAAGUGCAUGCAAUUUAUCUUUUAAUGCCAGUUUCUCGGAGAGCCUGAAUGUCAGCUACGCCGAGGAGAGGCUUCAAUCGCUGAAUAGUGAAUUGCAAAUUUUGAAGGAAAAUCAUAAUAAACUGUCGGAUUUGUAUGAGGAGAAGUGUAUCGAGGUCGAGGAAUUGCAAAAUAGCACCAUCACGGAUUUGAUGACUGACGACGUGAAUUCCAGCGUCAAGAAAACCCCAAGCAAAAUUUCAUCGAGGCUGGAAAAUAUCGCGAAAGGUAUGAAAGAGUUGGAAGACGAUUUCAAGAAGAUAAGAGAAAACAACGAAAGUGUCAAGGUAGAUCUCGCGAAGUUCAUUAAUGAGAGAGAAUCGUUACUACAUGAAAUUAGUACGUUGAAGACCGCUAAUGGUGAGCUGCUGCAGAAAUUGUCGGAAAGUGAGUUCCUGCACACUACUGCCUUGGAGAAAGUCGAUAUCCUUGAAAAUGAGGUGCAAGAAAUGACGAAAAAGCUGCAGGAGUUUACCGUAAGUUACAAAGAGAUCGAAAAUGCGAAGUUGCUUCUCGAGGUCGAAGUGGAAGGUCUGAAAGAGGAAAAAGCGAUGAAGGAGCGGACGGUAAACGAAUUGCGUCAAAGCCAUUCCUGCCUGGAACACGAGUUGGACUUAACAAAGAAGGAGAAAGAAACGCUUAACAGCGACAUCGCUCUUAUGGAGCAAGAGCACAAGGAAAAGCUGGAAUCUCUGAAGGCGAUGAACGAGGAGUUGACCGGCGCUAAAGCGACUAUCUCGCAGGAAUUCGCUAAUUAUUCUAAAGAUUCGGAAAAUAGACUGACGGAGCUUAGUGAGAAGAUAAACAAGUGCACCUCCGAGAACGAUUAUCUGAAACAGGAAUUGAUCAGGCUGCGCGACAUAGAAAAUCAAUUUGAGAAGAUGAAAACCGAGUAUCAGUCCAGGUCACAGCAGGACAAGAGAUUGGUCGACGAUAACAAGAAGAUGAAAAAUGCGUUGAACGACAUUUCUAAGAACAUCAUUAAGGAGAUCAAGUAUCUCAAGCCUAAAUUCGACGCUCAGGAAUUCAUGGAUAAAUCGGUGGAGGAGCUGUUCCAGAUAUUUGUACAAACCAUCGUGGCGAAGGAGACAGAAGUAGUGAAAGCUAUGCGAGUGGAAUUCGACAAGGAGAGGCAGAAGCUCGAGGAUGAAAAACGGCAGAGCGUGGACGCGGAGAAGCGUACGUCGCUGUGGGCGAGAGAACUGGAGGGUGAGAUAGAGAAGCUUCAGAGGGAGCUGACCGAGCGAGAGGCCGCAUACAAGGAACUUGAUAUGGAGUUCGCGCGCUUGGAGGAUUGUUUCAAGGAGGUCGAUCGCGACAGGGAGACGCUGAGAGACAAGAAUAGCCAGCUCGAGGCAGAGUUCAAUAACUUGCAGACUGAGUAUAACAAAUAUUCGAGGAACGACACGAGGAACGAAGAGGCCGUUAUUACCGCGCAGAAGCGAGAGAAGCAGGCGCAAGAGACGAUCAGGAGUAAAGAGUCGGAAUUUCAGAUGAGACUGAAAUCGGAGAAGGAGGCGUACAACAAACGAAUCGAAGAUCUCACGUGCACGAUCGAGUCCCUUAAGACGAGAAACAUGGAGCUGACGAACACCAUCGAGGGCCUCGAGGCUAAUCAGAAGCAACUGAAGAACAUCGUCGAUUUGAAGAACAACGAAUUGAUGAAGAGCAAUCAGAUCGUUCAGAAGAGGCAGGUUGAGUUCGAGCAGCUCACGGAAGCCUACAACGAUUUGAAUAAGGAACUGGAAGAGAAGGAGUUGCACAUCGUGGAGAUCAAGGAACUUCUGAGAACCAAGUGCGACGAGCUGACGGAGUAUAAAACUAAUUUCGAGACGAUCGUGCCCGAGAACAAGCUGCUGAAGCAACAGAUCGUCGAGCGGAAGGCCAACAUAGAACAGUACAAGAUGGAGAUAGAGACCCUGAAGAUGGAAAACAAGAAGGAGAUAGACGAGAUUAAGGAUCAGUUGAAUUUCGAGGAGCUGAGGAGUGUCGAGCUCAACAAACAGAUGGCCGAGUUGAACGACAAGAACGCGGCCCUGACGGACGAGAUGAACGUCCUGAGGGACGAUUACGCGACGUUACAGCGCAAGUGCGCGACGUUGGAAAAACGAGUCAGGAAUAGUACGAGCAAGGUCCAAGCGGAAGAGCAGAUAGAAGAGCUGAAGGACCUGAACAGGUCCCUGCGAAACAAUUUGGACGGCGCUAGCAAUCGGAUAACGGAGCUGCAGACCGCGAAGACCGAUCUGAUGAAGCAGGUGGUCAUUCUGAGCAGCCAGUACGACGCGUCGUGCAAGGACAGUCAGGAGUUGAGGGAAGCGCUGUCGGCGUACAAGUCGAGGCACAACGACACGUAUACGGCCUGCGAGAGGUACGACGAGUUGCUGCGGGAGAAGAACAAGAUCGCGUUGGAGCUGGAGGCGAUGAGGGUGCAGCUGAACCAGAAGAGCAGGGACAUCGAAAGAUAUACCGGCGAGAUAAAGGCGUUGACGGAGAAGAACGCGGAACUCGAUCAGGAAUCGGAGGAGCUGGCGCAAGUUAUUCGCGACCACGACACCGAGAUCGCGAGGCUACAGGACAAGUAUUACACGUGUCGCAACGAAGCUGACGAGCUGCGGGACAGGAUAAGAGCCCUCGAGAGCGGCGGUCAAAACCGCCUGCCGCUGAGAACGGACGUGUUGUCGUCCUCCGACAGGACCGAGAGGUCGCACGACGACGAGUGCAGUUGCGCGACGUUGAAGAACAAGAUACGGGAGCUGCAGCUGGAGGUCGUGUCGAGGAACGGAAAGAUCGCGACGUUGGAGCUGCAAAUACGCAGCGGUAGUUUCCCGUAUCAGAUGAAGUGCAAAGAGCUGCAGGAGCAUCUGUCGGCGUACACCGACAAGAAUAGCGAGCAGAAAGCGGAAAUUAAGCGACUGCAGAUGGCCCUGUUACGUACGAGCGCGAAGGAAUGCGACGUGUGCAAACAGAGACUCGUGAAUAGGCGACAUCAAACAUGCCAGACGAUGCCGAGCAAUAUAUUGCGAUUUUGCGGCACGAGCAGCGGCAUAAUCGAUGAUGACAUAAGAAUAUCGAAAUUGGAGAAGGAGAAGCAGAUUAUGAAGGAUGUGUGCCGAUCCAGAUCGAAGACUAUAAAGGAACUCGAGAAGAAAGUAGAGGAGUACGAGAAGUUGUUGCAAUCCAACAAUUUAUGAUCUGCGUACUGACCAAAUUGACCAUUGAUUUCUAUAUGUAUAUUAAAUUAAUAUGUAAUUUACGGCAUUUUAUAUCACGUUGCAAUUGACAAUAACUAGAUUUUAGAAGUUUAACAUAACGUAAGGAGCGUAUAAAAAAUAGAUACGGUAUUUUUAAUGUUACAACGAUAAUAUGAUAGUUUUUAUAUUUUUGUAACGUGCAGAGAACUGCGAUUACUUAUUUUUUAUACAUCAACUACAAAUAAUAAUGACAUAUUUUUCGCCAUUUUUGCUGCGUUUCUUAAGAUAAUGUAAUUCCUGUGAUAUGAAAUUUAACUUUAAGAUCAAAAUGUAAGUUGUGUAUAUAUAAGACUAUUAUAGGGACCAAGAAUUCAAUAGUUGUAAGAAUUCUAUUUUAUUCACAUUGUCCCUCUUAGAUUUACAUAUAUACAUAUAUUAUAUAUUUUUUUCAAAAGCAACGCGUGAUACAAUUGUAUCAUUCUAAAAAUAAGAUCGUAAAAAAAGAUUCUACAGUAAUUUAUGCAGUCUCUGAAUGCAGAGUGAAAGAUACACGAGAUAAAAUCAUAUUGCAGAAUAGAACAGAAAUUUCAAUGAAGAAAUAAUGUUUAAUUAUGUUUUUUAAUUACAUAAAAUAAUUUAAUAAUUAAUUACUAAGUAUUACGAUUUUUAUGACAAAAAAUAAAAUGUUUUCCUUUCUGUUUAACAGAUUCUGGCGUUAAACAAAUUAAAGCUUUCUGAGCGAACUGAUUAGUGCUUAUUUAUUUGAUUCAUUUCGGAAAGAUGUGUUGACAUUUUAAUAAGUUCAGCGUAAUAUAACAUUUUAUUCCCAAGAUAUUUUACAAAUUAUUUUUAAAACAAUAUAAUUCCUGUGAUAUAAGAUUUAACUUGAUCAGAAUAUAUAGAGUGUAAUAUAUAUAAAAUUAUUACAGAACCGAACUAAAUUAGUAGGUAUAAAAAUUUAAUUUUACUCGCAAUUGUGCCUUCCAGAUUUACACCCUAUAUAUAUAUAUAUAUAUAUACAGUUCCAGAAGUAAUAAUAACGCGUGGUGUUAAAACCGAUGUACCAUUUUAUUAAUAAAAAUUUUUAAUAUACA